AUGGGUGUCUCUGCAAAAUUACAUGUUUAUUUCAACUAUUGUGGUUGGUUUGAUCCAUGUAACUUAUCCCAUAGAAGCGUGAUUCGUGAUAUCCUCACUGAUAUAUCGAGGGUCAGUGAUCUAUCUAUUACUAGUUCCAGUUUGGAGGUCAUCUACAGAUACUCAAAAGUAGAACCCCUGCCUCAAUUUUCUUGCGUAUCAAGUUUAUGUGUAACCAAUUUUGAAUGGCUGCCAACUUUUCUUGAGAGCUUCCCGAAUCUGAAAUCCUUAACCUUGGUAUGGGAUUGUUACUGUUGGAAGAUAUGGUCCGAGGAGAGUGAUAAAAUCAGUUUUUCAUCUGUGCCCGAGUGUUUGUUAUCGUCUCUUGAGUUUGUUGAUAUCGAAACAAGGAUCUGGGAAGAUGCUACAGAAACGAAACUCGCAAGGUACUUCCUAGAUAAUUCGGUAAUCCUCAAGAAACUCACGUUACGAUUGCAUCCUCAUCAAACAAAAGAUGACAUCUUCAAGGAAAUCCUCAGAAUCCCAAGACGCUCCACCACAUGUCAAGUCCUCCUUCUUUGA